UUGUCUGUCUACCUACUCUGACAGAGCCAAGCUAGCAAGUGGCUAACUGAACGCGUACUCUAUUUAUGUGUGUAUCGUAGCUAUUGUUUUUGUAUUCAACCCUCGUUAGUUGUUCUUUGCGUAAGAUGGUUGUUUUGACAAAUAAUAAUGAGGAACAGGAUAUUAUCCUGAAAGAGGAGCGCAAAUGCACCUCUCUGCCCAACUCCCCAGCCAAACGUGCGUCUCCAACCAAGAAGAAACAGUUUUUCAUCAACCAGGCGGUACGCAACUCUGACCUCACACCCAGAGCCAAAGGCAAGAAGAGCCAAAGGCGGCAGGAGAACAGUCGCUACCUUGCCAAUCUACUUGAAAAAGAUGAGUGCUCCAAAGACGAGGCAGAGGUAUGCAGUGACCCUGCCCCACCUUCCAUCUUCACUGAGGCCUGCACCAAUGGCAACUACGUGGAGCAAUGGAAUGACUUCAUGAAUCGCUCUGGAGAGGAGCAGGAGAAGCUUCUGGCCCUUCUGGAAGAGGAGGCCAAGAGGAGCAACUCCAACAAGCUCCCCAAGGACCAGAGAGCGGUGAAUCCAGCCUUCAGUGCUCAAGACUACUUCCAGAGGAUUGAUCGAAGGCUGCGUGCUACGCUGAAACGCAAACAAAUUCCCAUUGGGACACUUGAGGUACUUGAAGAGAACCUUCUCAGUUUCUUUGGUGCUCAGCCUCACUCUGUUUACACCACCAACCUUGGAAGCAGCUUUGAGAGGCUACUGCUUCAUGCCGUCUGCCAGUACAUGGACCUUGUUUCAGCAAGCUCGGACUGUAACGGUGCUCGUCAGACUGAUGUCAUGAACAAACAGGAGGGCUUGUUCCAGCCUCCCAGCCCCAUGCUCUCUGCCUACCUGGAGCACAUGAGCUGAGAGACGGUCACACCGCUGGACAGAUGGGCCUGGUUCCAUUUCACUCCCUAGCCCCAUAAGUGCAGACUUGAAAGGUACAGAUAGGCAUAAGUAAGUGUAUAUAGGAUUACUCAAAUCUGAGCCUGGAAGUCCAGAGUACUGCUGGUUUGAUGUCACUAAUUAGCCAGAGAUUCCACUCACCUGGUGUCCCAGAUCUGAAUCAGUCCAUGAUUUGUUAGAAUGAAAAUCAACAGUGUUGCUAACAUUGAUGUCCAAAUUUAAGUAAGUUGUAAAUUGUGUUGACUCUACGUAGUCCACUCAUAUGCUUAGUGGAUGUUCUAUUGCUCUUAACUAUCCAAUCCAAUCCUUCAUCUAUCUGUGAACUUAAAAUUGAUGGCCACCAGGGUAAGGGGGCAGGGAUCAAAAUAGAACUGGGCCAGAGAGGGAGUAUGCAGCUCACCUUCUGUAUCUGUACUGAUGAAUUAAUUAGCCACUAUGAAUUGAAAAAAUAAAAACAGCUUUAGUGGUAGGACCAGGCUUAAAACCCUUGGACCUUUUCAUGCAACUUGAGUGAAGAAAGAGCGUGAUCAGAAACUAUUCUAUAGCACAGAACUCAUCACUAUGAUCAUUUGUCAAUGUAUAUGGCUUUAGAGGUAUAUCUAUGGUUUUCAUUACUUGUGCUGGUAAAAAAAAAAAUACUUGCAAACUCUCUUUGCACAAUAUUCACACUCUUGCAAGAAUAUAAAUCUAUCCACAAAGAUAUGGGCCACUUUCCAAUUUGACUUUGCAUGAUUGUGUUUUAUUUGGGGAGAAAGCUUUUCUAUUGUUUUGUCAAAGAUGUACACCAUUUGGCAGCUUUUGAUACUUGCAUGCAUAGACCUUGUGGUCUACUGUACUGAAUCCAGGUACAUUGUUAUUCCCCCAUUUGUUUACAUUAUUUAGCAAAUUAUGUAAGUUUACCAUCUGACAAUGAAACAGGUCAACUUCAAAAAAAUAAAUAUACAGCUUCAUAGAUUCUCUCAACUGCCAUUUGGUUUGGAAUGUCUAAUCAAAAAGUACUGUACUGAUUAUGUACAGUACUAAUGAGUUAAUAUAACACAACCUUCUUACUUGACAGCAAACCUGCUCUGUGCUUUGCCUCUCAGGCACUCUUUUCUAUCAUAAACCACCCCUGAACUAGCACUUAUGCCUUACGAAUGCAUUCCUGGAACUUUCAAUAAAUUCCCUGGUUUUCCAGAAAUCCUGGCUGAAUGGAAACUCUGGGAAAACCGGAGAAUUUAUUGAAAGUUCCAGGAAUUUUGGCAACCCUAUUGCUAUGUAUUUGUGUAUGUAUUUAUACUAAUGACUUUUUGAAAGUAUCCAUCCAGGUUAUUUAAAAUAUCCAUAACUUUAUUUGUACUAUCUAAAAUGGUAUGAAGAAACUUGACCUGCCAGUGUGUCGAUAACCAAAGUUUGUUGUGUGCGUACAUUUAGUUUCCCAGGCUUUCAACCUCUCACUAUGAAUGUCUUUUGUGAUUUCACAAGUAAUGUAUUCAUACGAGAAGCUUAACUUCUUUUGAAUAUUACAACCAACAACCCUCUACUAUAUGUAGUGGUGCAAUUUUUUUUUUACUUUGUUGCUUGUUUAUUACUAGUAGUGCUGUAAAUAUUAAGCUCCAACAUUAAUUAAUUGAACUCAUGUUCAAUGUGUGCCAACAAUACAGGAUAGGAAAACUUCUGUUUCUGCAUAGUAUUCUCUUAAAGCUUUUUACAGUGAUAUGAAUGGAUAUUUCCUUCAAUGCUUGUUUGAUGCAGGCGUGUAUAUCUUAAGUAAUGUCAGUACAUAUUUAUAUCAGGAAAAUAGUCAAAUGAUAAUAUAGUAGUUUAGUUUGUAAAUGUCAAUGUUUCUCCUAUUGUCUAGGCAGUUGGUUGUGUAAUCCUUACUGAAAGUGCCAAAAGCCAUGUCUGAAUAGACACAUUUUAAUAAAUGUUAACUCAAGUGUUCAA